AUGUUCCAUCGAGUUUCAAGCGAUGCCAUGUCACCGCCGCCCGAACAAGUUCGCAGUGUUUUCGACAAGUUCAGGAGUGGCGUGAAGUCCACUGAUGGGCGGCGAAGGAGCUCCACCCUUGGCAGCCGAGUUUCGACGACUGUGUCUACAUCACCUUCGGCAGACAGCCCAAGAAGUCCCAGGUUCAGGCACAAUUCUGAACAUUCUGGUCGUGCCACCGCCUUUCUGAAUCAAUGGGAAAAGCAGCGUACUCGACUGCGGGCAGAAAUUAAGGACUGGACAAGUCGCUUGCAGAAGACAGGCGACCUUGCUUCCACCGCUGGAGGCCCAGAACUUGUGUCCGUCGAGCCAAUUGUCUCACUUGGUGAAGAUCUCCAUCAGCGGACGAAUGGCUCCAACUACAGGGCGCGCUUGAGGCUGCAGUGUGAGGACGGCAUCCAUGCCUGGAGCACAGAGCCAUUCACGCUCGAUGAGUUAGUGCGAAUCGUGGUGAGGACGAGAGCCGCUUCAGCCACGCGGUGGUGCCGAUCGAACAGAGAGGCGAUCGCUUCCGGUGCCGACCCUUUUUGGGCUGUCGUAAGUGUGGCCAGCUGCGCUGUCAGAACCUGCCUGUUCUGGGCCUUCCUGCUGUGGGCUUCCUGGCUGCUCGCCCAACUUCUGAGGCGACUGGUACGUGAGUCGCUUGUGCUUCUGUCCUUGGUGACAGAUGCUCCUGACGUGCUGUCCGCGCUGGAGCCACUGAUCGCCAUGCUCCUCUCGUUCGCGAUUGGGAUCUUCGGAGCGCUGCUGAUGGCAGGAUUGACAGAGGUUUCUUUCAUUCCAGCGAAGGCCAUCCUGAACCUCGAGCGCAAGGCAGAGACGGAGAAGGUGCGGGAGCAGCUGGCGCUCUUGCUCCGCAGUAAAGACUGCCUCCGCAACCUGGACAUCUGCAACUUCCUGUCUUUGGGCAUGGCAACUUACUUCAACUCCUCUGAGACGCACAAGGAGGGGCGCUGCUUCGUUCGAAGGCAUGAGACAACCGAGGACUAUUUCAUGAACCGACGUCGACAGCGCUGCACGCUGUUGUGUCUUCGUUGCGAUUUCCGCCUCGAGCUUGCACGGAGAAGAGGGCUGCAGGAGCGGUGGCUCGUCUUGCGCAAAGAUGGGAUCGCCCUUUUUUCCUCGCUCAUGGAUACAGAUCCCACGGACAUGCUUUUCUUUGACACAAGCUUUGCUUUGUUUCGAGACGAGGAGGACCACGUGCUGGUGAAAGGGGCAUCGUGGGUCCUCGAGCUGUCCUUCGGGGAUGGCCCACGCAGGCACAGCAGCGCCCAAGGCUGGUGCAAUGCCAUCACUGUGACGGCACAACUGUCAACGCGAACCAGAGAGCAGCGCUAUGGAUCUUUCGCACCGAUACGGCUCCCUGGUGCACCGAAGACCGGCGACCGCCAUGUGCUCCGCCGGAGCCUGUGCCGAUACCUGCUCAACGGCCGCGCGAUCUUCCGUGCUGUUGCGGAGGCGAUUCUUCUUGCGAAGCACGAGAUCUUUAUCCUCAGCUUCUUCUUGAGUCCGCACAUUGAAUUGGUUCGGGAUGGUGAUGAGCUGUCAGGUGUUCCUGAUUCCAAGGUCGAAACACUGUUGAAAGCUGCAGCAGAUCGCGGAGUUCGGGUCUACGUGCUACUGUACCAGGAGACGGGGAAGGUCAUUGCCAACGCUUCAGCAUAUGCAGAGAACCAGCUCCAGCACAAGAACAUAUUCGUCAUGCGUCACAGGAGCAGAUUUGACAGCAACCUGCUGUGGACACACCACGAGAAGGUAGUGGUCGUUGACCAGCAGCUUGCCAUCGUUGGAGGACUGGAUCUGUGCAUCGGACGCUACGAUGAUUGGAGGCAUCUCAUUUUUGAUGCGGAAGAAGAGGUUUGGAAGAAUCAGGACUACUACAAUCCUCGCAUCAAGGAUGUCACCGACGGCCGACUCCAAAAGGAUCAGCUAGAUCGGAAGAGGCAGGCACGGCUACCCUGGCAGGAUGUCGCUUGUGAGCUUAUCGGCCGGCCGGCGCGUGAUGUUGCACGUCACUGUGUGGAGCGAUGGAACCAUGCCAGGUGCAUCAACUCGAUGUACCACGAGCUGCCCACAGCGCUGCUCAAGCGGAAGGUUGCCGUGAGCAACGAUGACAUGCUGAAGGUCCCGCACAAGGCAGCCGAUCCGACAUGGCCGCCGGAGAGGGGGCCCUGGCAGGAAUGCCGAUCGCAGGUGGUGCGUUCGGUUGGCCGUUGGAGUGCCGGCACGAAAACCGAGUCCUCCUCGCAUCAGGCGUAUUGCGACCUGAUCCAGGAGUCCAAGAGCUUCAUCUACAUCGAGAAUCAGUUCUUCUGCUCUGCAAUGGAGGGCGAGGACUCUAUCGGCAACCGUGUGCUCGAGGCCUUGUUUCGCCGGAUCGUAAAAGCUGAAGACCAGAAAGAGGCUUUUCACUGCGUCAUCAUCCUGCCCCUCUUGCCGGCACUGGAGGCCCCACUGUGCCAGUCCAACGCCUCACAGCCUGUGUUCCGUGUGAUGCAUGCGCAGUACCAGACACUGCGGGGUCUUCGCAAAGAGCUCCGUGCUCGAGGGGCGGACGAGGCGAAGUACAUCUCCGUGUUCGGUCUGAGGACGCAUGGGUGGCUGGAUGGUCUCGGCCACUCUACGGAGCAGAUUUACAUCCACUCCAAGGCCAUGGUGGUUGACGACGAGGUAGCGAUUAUCGGCAGCUCCAACAUCAACGAUCGCUCCUUGCUUGGGAUGCGAGACUCUGAGGUCAACGUCGUCAUCCAGGACACUGCGGCAGCCUACAGAGGUCCCGGUGGCCUUCGCGGCGGCCCUGCUGCGAACCUCCGGAAGGCACUUUUUGCGCAGCACAUGGGCUUGACGCGGGAGCAGCUGGAAUCUGUCUACCCGGAUCCCGUCAGCGAGGCAUCUGUGAUUGAGAUGCGAAGGGUAGCCCAGCAUAACACAGAGAUCUACGAGGAGCUCUUCGGGGCGCUGCCCUCCGACGCCGUGGGCACCUGGGCGGAGCUUGCAGCCCGGCGCCGGCAGACGCAGCCGCACAUGAAUGCGGACUUCACCAGGAUACCCGAAGCACAGAGUGCUACAGAAGCACUCAAGCGGGUCCAGGGAUACCUGGUCCAAUUUCCGCUGGACUUCCUGGCCAAAGAGGACUUGGCACCCUCAGCGGUGGUUGGCCUGCUUGGUCCAGUCUUUACGUGA